AUGUUUUAUAUUUGCAAUCGUCUUCGAGAAGGUUGUCAUAUUUUAUCAGCUACUACUGGUCGUCUUAAAGAUAUGCUUGAAAAACACCAGAUUUCAUUAACAAAAGUGAAAUAUUUCGUUCUUGAUCAAGCUGAUCAAAUGUUUGGCAAAAGUUUUGAACUUGAUAUUUGUAAAUUAGAAACUCUUGGUUUACCAUCAAAACAUGAACGUUUUACAUUUAUGUUUUCUGCAACAUUUUCUGACGAAAUUCGAAUAUUAGCUCAACAUUUUAUACGUGAUAAUUAUAUAUCUCUUGUUGUUGGUAAACUUGAUGCUGCUAAUGAAGAUAUAAUACAAACUAUUGAAAAAGUGCCAAAUACAUUUAAAAAAGAUCGACUUUUUCAAUUACUUGAACAAAAUCUCAAAUCUGAACGUUGUUUAAUAUUUGUUGAAACAACUCGAACAGCUGAUUAUAUAAGUAUACAACAAUUUACUAAUGGAAUUUGUCAAAUUCUUGUUGCAACAUCAGUCGUUGCUCGUGGUUUAGAUUUUCCUUUGGUUGAUUAUGUUAUUAAUUAUGAUUUACCAAAUUCAAUUGAUAUAUAUAUUCAUCGUAUUGGUCGAACAGGUCGUGCUGGUCAUUUAGGUAGAUCGAUAUCAUUUUUUGAUCCAGAUCGAAAUUCUGAUCGUAAGACUGCACGUGAUCUUAUCUCAAAAUUAAGCGAAGUAGUUGGUCAAGUCGUACCUGAAUUUCUUAAACGAUAUGUUGAUGAUCCUUAUUAUAUAUUCAGUUGUGAUGGUUAUGGUGUACGAAAUAUUAACAUAACUCAUUUUAAAGCCAAUGGUUUUGGUAAUCAAAAUUGA